AUGGAUCUGGGGUCGGGGGUGUGGGAUCAGGGAUCUGGGAUCAGGGAUCUGGGAGGAGGCUGCAGCAUCUGGACCAGGGACACAGACCUGGCGAGAGGGAGCAGAGCCAGGACAGCCAGGAGGCAGGUGUAUGACAGAACCUCACAGUCUGUUUCCAGGGCUUGGGGGAACUCUGAAGGCAGCAUGAAAACCAGGAUGAAGGUUUCUAUUCUGGAAGUGGUGGAGGGAUCUCAGAUGGGUGGAGGGCUGCUGCUCUUAAACCAGCUGGCAGAUAUUUUAGCUGAACAUGAGCAUGUGAAGAGGACAGGACAGCUAUUAGCACUGUAUGUAUAUGAAUAUCUGCUCCAUGUAGGAGCGCAGAAAUCAGCUCAGACAUUUUUAUCAGAGAUAAGAUGGGAAAAAAACAUCACACUGGGAGAGCCCCCAGGAUUCUUGCAUUCCUGGUGGUGUGUGUUCUGGGAUCUCUACUGUGCAGCUCCAGAAAGACGAGAAACAUGUGAACACUCGAGUGAAGCAAAAGCCUUUCAUGACUAUAGUGCUGCAGCAGCUCCCAGCCCAGUGCUAGGAAACAUUCCCCCAGGAGAUGGCAUGCCAGUAGGUCCAGUACCACCGGGGUUUUUUCAGCCUUUCAUGUCCCCCCGGUACCCUGGAGGUCCAAGGCCACCCCUCAGAAUACCCAACCAGGCCCUCGGAGGUGUCCCGGGGAGUCAGCCCCUCCUGCCCAGCGGGAUGGACCCCACACGGCAGCAGGGUCAUCCAAACAUGGGUGGGCCGAUGCAGAGGAUGACUCCUCCAAGGGGAAUGGUGCCAUUAGGACCACAGAACUAUGGAGGUGCCAUGAGACCCCCUCUGAACGCUUUAGGUGGCCCGGGGAUGCCUGGGAUGAACAUGGGUCCUGGGGGUGGUAGACCUUGGCCAAACCCAACCAAUGCCAAUUCUAUACCUUACUCCUCAGCCUCUCCUGGGAACUACGUGGGUCCUCCAGGAGGUGGAGGGCCACCAGGAACACCCAUCAUGCCUAGUCCUGCAGAUUCAACCAACUCUGGAGACAACAUGUACACUUUAAUGAACGCUGUGCCACCUGGGCCCAACAGACCUAAUUUUCCACUGGGGCCAGGCUCAGACGGACCCAUGAGUGGACUGGGUGGAAUGGACUCACAUCAUAUGAAUGGAUCAUUAGGCUCAGGAGACAUGGACAGUAUUUCCAAAAACUCUCCCAGUAAUAUGAGCAUGAGCAACCAGCCUGGCACUCCCAGAGAUGACAGUGAGAUGGGCGGAAACUUCCUAAACCCUUUCCAGAGUGAGAGUUACUCCCCUAGCAUGACAAUGAGUGUGUGACCCGUUCUCAAGUGUCGCCAUGAAGACCACAGUGAGUUGGCCCUCUCCAGAGAGCUACUGCAGAAGAAAAUCAUUCGUCACAGUGUACAGUUUAACUAAAGGAUCUCAGACACAAUCAGACCCACCCGUUUUGUUUUUUUCUCCCUACCAUCUCCCCUGUUUUGUCAAAAAAGUGGGUCCCAAACAUGCUUGAGACACCUGUAAGGAGUGGCAUGCGAGAAGUGCCCGAGGUGGAGCUGCCAGCGCCUGUCUGUGUGUGUACAUGUGUGGGUCGGCGUGGGGUGUGUGUGUGUGACACACCAAGCACACACACACACACAGACCCCAGGACACUGUAAAAUAGGAUCACAUGACAUCUUACGUAGAAAUCAGAAGUAGGGACUUUUAUUCCAUUUCUUUUUUUUUUUCACGUUUACAUUUUAAUUAUUAAAAUUUGCUUUCCCUCUCCCCUCCUGAACUGUUUUAUGUUGCAUAUAUCACUGCUUUAUAAGUUAUUUUUUAAGUUGAACUCAAAGGAUAAAUUCUUUUGAUUUUGUUAGUGUCUGCCAUCAUGGAUAGGAAUAAAAUUGCUUAUACGAGCUUUCAUUACCUUGUGUUUGAUACCAGCUACCCUGUGAAUCACAAAUUGUACUGUCUCAAGAAAUAGAAGAAAGCUCAUCUUAAUUUUUUGGAGAAUUUAUUAACUUCCACCUAGUUUGGGGAUUUUUUUUGAUACUUUGCCUUUAAGAGAAAAAAAAAAAGCACUGAAGGUUAUUUUUCUUCUUUAAUUGAAGCCUAAUAUCUGCAAUAUCUAUUUUAAAUGGAAGCCUGAAUUUGAUACAAGCUUCUCAGUUUAUAUAGAGUACUAUAAGGUUACUGUAAGUGAGCUCCAAUUGCUAUAGAAUCUAGCAAUAAAGUGUCAGGGCUUCUCCUGCCCUUGGAAUUGAGUUUUCUAUUUAGCAUGGUCUUCUGUAGGGGUGGUAGUUAGUGGAAAUACAAUAGAGUCCUUAUCACCAAAACAUUUUCUAACAACUUAAAAUUAUGUUUCCCAUUUUCAGUGAUUCUCAAACAAAUAUGAGCAAUCCAUUUUCCUAAUUAUAAACAGUAUUUCCCAAGUACAUUUAGAAAAUCAGGUCACCCUGCUGCUUGGGUGUGUGUUUUCUGCCAUAUCUGCCAGAAUUAAUUCCCACAAAACUUUCCAGUCAGCAGCCUU